GACAAGCAUUCGGCAAUACAUAGAGACUAUCAGAAAAAUGGCGCUCGCUGAAGUUUGCGGUCUCAAUUCAUUUGUUGAUUUUAAUGCAACACGCGAGAAAGAUUACUUCUCACAAGAAAUUGAAGCUUACAGCAGAAAUUUCAUUAACCAUGUACAGCUGGCUGUACCACCAUACAGAAAUCCAGCUGAAAAUUUGGCCCGCCUUGCAGAUGGAACUGAUGAAACUGGAAAACACUUGAAGAUCAAAUUUGAUCAUGGAACUACCACAUUGGGUUUCCAAUACAAGGGUGGCAUUAUCCUUGCUGUCGAUUCACGUGCAACAGGAGGACAAUUCAUUGGUUCAUCUACCAUGAAGAAGAUAGUUGAGAUUAAUAACUAUCUUCUUGGAACUUUGGCUGGUGGUGCUGCUGACUGUGUCUAUUGGGACCGUAUAUUGGCAAAGGAAUGUCGUAUGUAUGAACUAAGAAAUAGAGAACGCAUUUCUAUUGCAGCUGCUAGUAAGCUUCUAUCAAAUAUGGUAUAUAAUUACAAAGGAAUGGGAUUAAGUAUGGGUAUGAUGCUUGCUGGUUGGGACAAAAGAGGACCUGGUCUGUAUUACGUUGAUUCAGAAGGUACUCGUACUCCAGGAAAAGUUUUCAGUGUGGGUUCUGGAUCAAUCUAUGCAUUUGGUGCAUUAGACUCUGGAUACCACUGGGAUCUAUCUGAUGAAGAAGCUUAUGAACUUGGCAGAAGGUCAAUUUACCAUGCCACCCACAGAGAUGCUUACUCUGGUGGAAUUGUGAGAGUAUAUCACAUGAAGUCAACAGGUUGGAUACAUAUUUCUGAUGAAGACUGCAAGGAUCUUCACUACAUGUACCAAGAUCAAAAGAAACAGGGAAAUAAUUAGUAGAAAUUAUGCAUUCUUGUAUUCUCUCAAAUGUUUUCUUUAAUAAAACCAAUUUUUAAAAAUGGAAA